UUAUAUUACUUCCCUUUACUUUAGAUAAAUAAAGAAAGAGAUUACUUGCUUACUACUACAAAGAAGUGUAUACUUAGAAGUAGAUUUAGAUAUUCUAAAUAUUUCUAUUCAAGACCAACUAAAAUGUAUAUGUAGCAUCUAUAGCCUCAGUCAUAAAAUUAUGUUUCUGAGGAAUCAAAAAGAAUUAUUGAUAAAAUUUAGACAUUAAGGAGUAGUAAUUAGCAUUUCAAGAGUUCUAGCGAUGUAAAGUACUAAAAUAGCAAUUAUACAGAUAAUUAAACUAUAUAAUCCAAACCUAUAAUAAAUGAAUUUUAAGGAUAAUAAGCUUCUACGUUAUAAGCAGCAAUGAAGAAGCAAGCAUAAGGUAUCCAAUAAAAAGCCAACACUAAUUCAAAUAACUAGUUAUACUAAAUUACAGGAACACAAACCGCAUAAAAGAACUAUCUUUAAGUAGGAAAGAUUGAUCUCGAUGCAAUAUUAUCUGCUAACAAGAAAUAAAGUUAAUUAGCAUAAACAUAAAAUUAAUAUCAACCUUAAGGAAUUGUAACUUAGAGAGAAGUAAACAAAAGAUAAACACUUCCUCCAGAUCGUAGAUCAUUUUAAGAUCAAUUUAAUACAACACCAUAAUAGUGCACAAAUAAUAGUAAUAUAGCAUAUAAUUAACCAUAGUAGCAUACUUUAAAACAAGCAGCAACUCAAGUCAGCAACAUAAAUGCUACCUAAUCAUAGAGCUCAAUUUCUAAAGUAGGAUCUAAUGGUUUAAUUAAUUAAAGCUAAAAUGCUAUUUAUUAAUAAUAACCUUCAAUAAAUAUUAUACAAACAUCAAAUUUUUAAAAUAAUUCAUCAUAACAAUUAGAUGAUCUAGACAAAUAUAAAAAAUAAAUGUAAUAAAAGAUUGUAUCAACUACUCCAAGUAAAUAAUUGCUGCACUCUUACUAAAACUAAAGUCAUAUGAAUAUAAAUACUCCAAAGGGCAAUAAUAGAUCAUAAAACAGCUCUGAAGCUAAUAUUUUAUAUUUUAAGGGAAACAUAAGUUCACAUGAUUUAGCAUCGAAUCAGUAAAGCCGCAUAUAAUCAGAUUCAUAGCUUAACUUGCAUCCUUCUCCAAUGAAAUAAUAAAAUUCUUAAUAAAACAAAUUUGUAAACAAUGACAGUAGCUAAUAAAUAACAUAAAACCAGAACUAGGCUUUCAAAAAUUUAAUCUAAAAUCCUGAUUAAUAAAAUUUUAUGAAUAUUUCUUCAUUUAAAUAUUAAAAACCACCAGUAAGCUCAGAUAGUAUAACUAAUAAUGAAGUAAAAAAGUAGUAAUAAUAAUAAUAAUAACAGUAAUAGUUGCAGCAGUCUUAGUAGUAGCAGAAUAAUUAAUAAUUUAGUGGUUAAAACUUGCUUAAUGUUAAGAAUAUACAAUUUUAAUAUAUCGAUCAAAGUUUAAAUGUCAGUAAAAACAACUCUAACACAGGAAGCAUUCAUUAAAAUAUACCUAAUUCCCCUCAAUCAGCAGGAAUUCAUGGUAUAAGCAAAGUUCCUCAAACUAGUGCUACUUAGACUUAACAAUAUUUUUCUUAAACUAAUUCACAAAAUCCUUCUAUCUAGAAUUCUAUGACAUUUAAUUAAAGCAGCAGUAACAAUUAUCCAAAUGAAAAGACCCAUUCAACAAACAUAAAUACUAUAAAUUCAAAAACUUAAUCAAUCGAUGACAUUCUUAAGCAUCUUAAAAGUAAAGAAAUAAGUAAAGUGUAAACAAUACCUUAAAGAAUAUUUAAUUAAACUGCUCAAGGUAUCCCUAGUAGAAGCUACUAAUUAAAUCAAAUACCAAACUAUAAUUCAAAUACAGUAACUGGUCAUAAAGACUAAUAAGUUGAGAAUAAAAACGAAUUGCCACUUAAUAACCCAACACAAAUUGCUUCUCUUAACUAGAUUGCACAAAACGAGAAAAAAACUGAAGCAAAACCUGUUGUUAUGAGAUAAAAUUCUGAUAAACUACAGAAUGCUCUCACAAACCGCGCUGAUCUUUUUUAAGUUACUCCAUAAAUGAAUAAUUUAUAAAAUCAGUAAAAUUUAAAUACAAGCUGUUUCAAUAACAUUGUGAACAACAGUAAUACAAUCUACAAUGAUUACUUUUUUAAUAAAAUGAAUCGUAAUACUAAUGAAACAUAAAAAGCUACUAUCAGUAAUACCACUAAUGUUUCUGAUAUAGGAUAACAUAAAAAUAACUAAACAAAUGGAAUUUAAUACACACAAUAAAAUACAAAUUAAAUUACAAAAGAAACACCAACACUAACAAGCAAUAAGCUAUCUAACUCAAUAGACCAAAAUAAUUAUUCUAUUCAAUCCCAAAAGUAUAUGUAUGGAUCUUCAAAUAUAAACAACAGAAUAUUACCAAAUGCCAAUUUUACAGUUUCUCACACAUAUGAUAAAAAUAUAAAUUCGUUGGUUAAUUAAAGCAUAAAUAACACUUCCUUAAUUACAAGCACAAAUAAUAAUUUGAUUAAUUCUAUUCCUUAAAACUAAGCAGUUAAUUUGUCAUAUUUCUCUACUUUAAAUAAUUCAAUAAAUUUCAAUAAUAAUAUUUAAAAUCAAAAUCCUUCAUCCUUUUAAUUUAAUAACUUAAGCCAUGCUAAUUUAGAUUCUUCGAUAUCACCUAUUAAGAAAGUUUAAGCUAACUUCAACGAUCAGGAAAAAAAGUAAGCAGACUCAUUUCCUAUUUAACAAUAAUCUAUUGAUAACAGCUAAAACUAAUUUCAGUCAAACAUCAGCAGUUAUUAUAAUAGUCCUAAUUUACAAUAUGCUCAUCCAACAGUAAGAUAAAAUGAUUUAUCAAGUAAUAGCAUACUUUCUAGCAUUAAUUAUGCAGUAACUACAGCAAGUGGUUUAACAACUAAUAGAACAAACAACAACUUACCUUCAGCAUCAAUUUCUGUUACUUCGACAGUCAAACCCAUUAAUUAAAGUUAAACAUAAGCAAUUAAUGAAGGAGAUUAAUAAAAGUAAUAAACAAAAGAUAAUUAAUUGUAAUAAUCAAAUUUAUCAACAAAAAGAAAUUCUGAAAUAAGCUAUCAGAAAGCCUUGGAUGAAAUUAAGCCUUCUGAGUAAGUAGAAAAAAUUCUUGAUGAAAUUAGAAGAAAGAAUUCAUCUGGAAUUAGCAUAGAUAAGCAAUAGUAAUAGUAGACAUAAUCAUAGUAGCAACUACAAACAAGAAGUAGCUAUGAAGAGUCAUAAUUAAAAAAUUCUCCCCAAAUAAAUGGUGCUACUUAAGCUUAAUAGACAAAAUAACCUAAUUCAAAUUUAUUGUAGUCAAUUUAGAAUUUAAAUCUAGAUGUUAAAGGUAUUUUACAAAACACAAUAAGCAAAAAUAUUUCUACAGUUUCAAGUUAGUAUUAACAACUUUUAUAUAGAGGUAAUGCAGGAACUAAUAAUGAAUUUACAACAAAUAAUAACAAUAGUAAUAGCAAUAUUAGCAGUUAAUAAAAUUAGCAAAGUGUGGUUGACAAAAUCUUAUAAGAAAUCAAAAGAAAUGAUAUGAAAAAACACUUAUAAUCGGUAUUAACUGUGAAUUCAUAAGUGAACACUAGCAACAAUAUCACGAAUAAUAAUAUCAAUAAUGCUAAUAGUAAUGCAAAUGGAACUUUAAAUUAUAAUGACUUUUCAUUGAACACCUAAUCUUCCUCUAUAUCACCUUACAUCUUAAAUAAAACAGAUACUAGUAAUAUCUAUAAUUUAACCAGUUAAAAGAAUGAUUAAGAUAAUAUCUUUAGAAGUUAAAACAUACUUGAAUACUCGUCUAAUAUAUAAAUAAAUAGCCAAAACCUUGUAAGCUCAAGUGCAGUUGCAUAGAUGCCUGUAAAAUCUGAUUAAAAACUUUAAUUAGCUGAAAUAUAAAAAGACAAUACAUAAAAUAAUACAAAUGAAUCAAGAAAGGCUUUAGAAAAUGAAUUAGACGAACUAAAAGCAAAAUAUGGAGAACGAAAGCAUAGACUUUCAUCUUUUUCUAACAAAAAAGACAGACACCAUUUAGACAUACCUAACAAUGUGGAAGACUCUGAUGAUGAAGGAAAAGAUAGUAUAGGUUCUCAUGAAAGCUUCAUUGAAGAGAGAGAAUCCAUACAAAAGUUCUCUACAAACUGCUCUUAGCUGACAACUGAACCAUUGAGAUAAACUAAAAUGUUAAUUUUAAAUAGUAUAAUUUCAAAAGAUUCAUUUAAAAAGGAUGAUUUAAGUGCUUCUAAAUAACCUGUAUUUUCAUCUCUUAGUUUUUCGUAAAACUAAGCAGAUAUGCAAAACCACACACCUGCAAAUAAAACUAAUGAACACCAAAUUAUACAACUAUAAGCAGCAACUUAAGAUUAAAAUAACCAAGCUAUAAAUGAAUUCAACAGUUCAUCUAAACCAUCUUCAAAAGUACCAACUCUCAUCUCUUUCAGCCCAUCUCUUAAUUAAAUUCCUUCAAAAAAUGACAUCAUUACUGAAGAAUAAUCUAAAUAAAAUGAAGUUAAUUCAAAAGUAUAAAGCGAAACCCAAAUAAAUUAAGUUUAAAAUAACAUAUAACCAAAUACUUAGUAUGGAGAAAAGGACUUCUAUUUUGUUAAGAAGCUUGGAAAGGGUAAACAUUCUGAAGUAUUUUUAGCUUAAGAUAAAAAAACUGGAUUCUUAUUUGCAGUAAAGUAGAUUCAUAAAGAAGACAUGAUAUCUAUGGGUAUGGAAGAGUAAUUCAGUAAUGAAAUAAAGAUUUAAAUGUCUCUUAACCAUCCUAACAUUAUACGUUUGUAUGGUUUUUAUCAAGAUGAAUACUACUUUUAUCUUUUAAUGGAAUACGCUCCUGGUGGUGAAAUAUAUCGUUAUUAGAAAACUCUACCUGAUGGACGCUUCACAGAAACAGAAGCAGCAUUCUAUUUAUAUCAGUUAGCCAACGCACUUCGUUACUUACAUAGCAGAAACGUCAUUCAUAGAGAUAUUAAGCCAGAAAAUCUUUUAAUUUCAAAUGGAGUUGUUAAAUUAGCUGAUUUUGGUUAUAGUAGAGUAUGCGAUUUCAAGUCAACUAGAAGUACUUUUUGUGGUACUUUGGAUUAUUUGAGUCCAUAAGUAGUUAAAGGACAAGAAUAUAACCACGACGUAGAUGUUUGGGCUUUCGGUGUAAUGUGUUAUGAAUUCCUUCAAGGAAUAGCACCAUUUUAUGAAAAAUCAAAAGAUGAUACACUUGAUAAGAUAUAAUCAGGAAAAUACUCAUUUAUAAAACCCAUAAGUGAAGAGGCUAAGACUUUAAUAUAAGUGCUGCUAGAUUCAGAGUCAAAAAAUAGAGUUUCAAUCAAUGAUGUAUGCCGCUGCUCGUGGUUAAUUUAAAAUGCUGAAACUUAUAAGUAAGAGUAAGGACCAAUAAGUUAGUAAGAACUAAAUAACAUUUUUAAAUGA